AUGGAAAAGGCCAAAACUUUGCUGUGGGCAUUAGCCUUGUGGCUGUUUGCCAAGGUGGAGUUUGCGUCGGUCCAAGUACAGUAUUGGCGUGAGUUAGCUGCACUUGGGAAGCUGCUCGGCAACGCUGGGGAGAUUGGCCAAAAGGCUACGCGAUCUGAGGGAAGGAAGGUAGAGCCGUGGGUGCAUGCUGCUGUAGAAGGUGGAAGUCACUUGGACAGAGCUUGCGACCACUCACCGAGCAAAGGUGGCCAAUCCAGCUUCAUCCCCAACAGAAAACACCAUCACCUGUUAAUCUGCAUCGAGCCAAAUCGAUCCUCGGCUCGCUUCCGCUGCAACGCCACUCCUGCAGCCUCAAACGAAAAGUGCCGUGAGGAUUCAGACGAUCAGGGUGGCCAGAGCCUCGACCUGACGCUGCCGAAAAUAGAAACGGAGCUACGGACCGACACGAAUGCUCUACUGUCUGUCUAUACAGCACAGGCACAACAGGCACUUCUUCUCCGCGAACUUUUGCAAACAGUGUGGGCUUUGCAACAGGCAGUCGAUUCAGGCGAUCUGGCAUGGCAUAGCGCCAACGUGCGCCCAUAG